CACGCCAAUAUUUACGUCUUCAAACCCAGAUAUGUGCUCUAGAGUAGAGAAUGGUGGCCGAUCUAGAGACUAUUGCGAUGAAACUAAUCAACAGUGGCCAUGCGCACCGAAUAAGGGCUACUACGGGCGAGGACCCCUGCAACUAUCGUGGAACUACAACUAUGGCCCGGCAGGCCAAAGCAUAGGCUUCGACGGAUUGAACAACCCUGAAAUCGUAGCAAGAGAUCCAGUUAUUUCAUUCAAGACAGCCCUCUGGUUCUGGAUGAAUAAUUGUCAUGACACCAUAACUUCUGGACGAGGCUUCGGGGCCACGAUUCGCGCCAUUAACGGUCCCCUUGAAUGCAACGGAGCAAAUACAGCAACGGUGUCUGCUCGCGUUAAUCACUACAGGGACUACUGUAAUCAACUCGGAGUUGAUCCUGGAACUAAUCAGUGGUGUUAGAGAAGAGUACAAUGUGAAAAAAAUAAUUAAAGAGAGGUGGGUUAAUAUAUGUAUGAGUAGUA